AUGUCUUUCAAGGGCAAGGACAUCCCCAAGAUAAAACGUCACUGGAACAUGCAUGCUGCUUUUGAAAUCCACACUCUGCCCACCCAGGGAACCUUAAAUCACCUCAGCAUUGUUCCAGUCCAUACUCUGCCCACCCAGGGAACCUUAAAUCACCUCAGCAUUGUUCCAGUCCACACUCUGCCCACCCAGGGAACCUUAAAUCACCUCAGCAUUGUUCCAGUCCACACUCUGCCCACCCGGGGAACCUUAAAUCACCUCAGCAUUGUUCCAGUCCACACUCUGCCCACCCGGGGAACCUUAAAUCACCUCAGCAUUGUUCCAGUCCACACUCUGCCCACCCGGGGAACCUUAAAUCACCUCAGCAUUGUUCCAGUCCACACUCUGCCCACCCGGGGAACCUUAAAUCACCUCAGCAUUGUUCCAGUCCACACUCUGCCCACCCGGGGAACCUUAAAUCACCUCAGCAUUGUUCCAGUCCACACUCUGCCCACCCAGGGAACCUUAAAUCACCUCAGCAUUGUUCCAGUCCAUACUCUGCCCACCCAGGGAACCUUAAAUCACCUCAGCAUUGUUCCAGUCCACACUCUGCCCACCCAGGGAACCUUAAAUCACCUCAGCAUUGUUCCAGUCCACACUCUGCCCACCCAGGGAACCUUAAAUCACCUCAGCAUUGUUCCAGUCCACACUCUGCCCACCCGGGGAACCUUAAAUCACCUCAGCAUUGUUCCAGUCCACACUCUGCCCACCCAGGGAACCUUAAAUCACCUCAGCAUUGUUCCAGUCCACACUCUGCCCACCCAGGGAACCUUAAAGCACCUCAGCAUUGUUCCAGUCCACACUCUGCCCACCCAGGGAACCUUAAAUCACCUCAGCAUUGUUCCAGUCCACACUCUGCCCACCCAGGGAACCUUGAAUCACCUCAGCAUUGUUCCAGUCCACACUCUGCCCACCCAGGGAACCUUAAAUCACCUCAGCAUUGUUCCAGUCCAUACUCUGCCCACCCAGGGAACCUUAAAUCACCUCAGCAUUGUUCCAGUCCACACUCUGCCCACCCAGGGAACCUUAAAUCACCUCAGCAUUGUUCCAGUCCACACUCUGCCCACCCAGGGAACCUUAAAUCACCUCAGCAUUGUUCCAGUCCACACUCUGCCCACCCAGGGAACCUUAAAUCACCUCAGCAUUGUUCCAGUCCACACUCUGCCCACCCGGGGAACCUUAAAUCACCUCAGCAUUGUUCCAGUCCACACUCUGCCCACCCAGGGAACCUUAAAUCACCUCAGCAUUGUUCCAGUCCACACUCUGCCCACCCAGGGAACCUUAAAGCACCUCAGCAUUGUUCCAGUCCACACUCUGCCCACCCAGGGAACCUUAAAUCACCUCAGCAUUGUUCCAGUCCACACUCUGCCCACCCAGGGAACCUUGAAUCACCUCAGCAUUGUUCCAGUCCACACUCUGCCCACCCAGGGAACCUUAAAUCACCUCAGCAUUGUUCCAGUCCAUACUCUGCCCACCCAGGGAACCUUAAAUCACCUCAGCAUUGUUCCAGUCCACACUCUGCCCACCCAGGGAACCUUAAAUCACCUCAGCAUUGUUCCAGUCCACACUCUGCCCACCCAGGGAACCUUAAAUCACCUCAGCAUUGUUCCAGUCCAUACUCUGCCCACCCAGGGAACCUUAAAUCACCUCAGCAUUGUUCCAGUCCACACUCUGCCCACCCAGGGAACCUUAAAUCACCUCAGCAUUGUUCCAGUCCACACUCUGCCCACCCGGGGAACCUUAAAUCACCUCAGCAUUGUUCCAGUCCACACUCUGCCCACCCGGGGAACCUUAAAUCACGUCAGCAUUGUUCCAGUCCACACUCUGCCCACCCGGGGAACCUUAAAGCACCUCAGCAUUGUUCCCGUCUACGCUCUAUCCACUCAGGAAACCUCAUAG